UGUGGCUCGUGUGUGGCUGUAAGCUAGUUGUUGACGUGUAAACAAAGGGAGUAAGAGGAUUUCUCACGGUGGUCUCCUCCCGUCACUAAGCGUCACUUCCAGAUCAAGAUGAAGAUCUGCGUCGCCGCCCACCAUCUACGGUCUCCCCUCCCCUCCCCCCCGCGGAGGCUGUGAACCAGCUGCUCCCACACACCGUGUCCACCUUAACGAGGCCACGGACACGAUAGUGGUGCGAGAAGGACGAGGGGUCUCCCUCCAAGCCUGACAACAUGAACAUGUACGCUGUGCCCAGCCCGGGAAUACCAGGCUGUCCACCUGGGUUAGAGUACCUGACUCAGGUGGAUCAGCUGCUCAUCAAACAGAAGGUUGAGGUGGUUGAAGCCCUCGUUGGUUUCGAAAGCAACAACAAGUACGAAGUCCGUAACAGCAUGGGCCAGAACGUGUUCUACGCCGUCGAGGAGAACGACUGCCUGAGUCGACAGUGCUGCGGUCCCCUGCGUCCGUUCACCAUCCACGUCCUCGACAAUUUUGGAAAAGAGGUCAUCACAGUCACCAGGCCGCUCAAGUGCAUGUCUUGCUUCUUCCCUUGCUGUCUACAAGAGCUGGAGGUGCAGUCUCCCCCUGGCAACAUAGUGGGGUACAUUGCACAACAGUGGCACCCGUUCUCCCCGAAAUUCCUUGUUGCGAACGAACACAGCGAGCCUGUCCUGAAGAUCCAUGGGCCCUUCUGUGGAUGGAGCUGCCUACCAGAUGUUGACUUUGAGAUUCUGACGAUGGAUGAAGUCAGCAAGAUCGGGAAAAUCAGCAAGCAGUGGACAGGCCUUCUUCGGGAAGCAUUCACAGAUGCAGACAACUUUGGUAUCCAGUUCCCCAUCGAUCUGGAUGUGAGAAUGAAGGCCGUCAUGAUUGGCGCAUGUUUUCUUAUUGAUUUCAUGUUCUUUGAGACGACCAACUAGGAGCCAAACGGGAUAUCCAUGUAAACACACGACAUUCCUGGAAGAACAAGGCCACAAAGCCAUAACCAUCACUCCCAAAUGCCCUAACACAGAACAACCUUCAAAUGUUUAGAGAUUAAAGAAAAGUACCAACCAAAAGGUACAUUCAUGUUCUAAAUCUGCAUGAACAACAGGAUAGAAGGUUUGUUUUAGUCUUAGCUGCUCAGGUCGGUUGCUGGAACAGGUUACCGGGCUUGCGAGUGCGCAGCGCUUUUGAGGAGGUUUUCACUUUUUCGUUUACAGAUCGGUUGCCGAGUCCGUCUGGGCUCAGAAUCUUAAGUUACAGCUAAAAAUAACUUAAAUUGAGGGAUAAGAUCAACAUACAAGUAACUGAAAAGUGAACUCCAUUGCAGGCGAGUGCUUUUAUACAGGUUUUAAAGAUUGGUGUCUUUAAGGUCAGCGUGCAAAGGGACUCCGCCAAAUAGCACUUGUGUUAUUUGGUCAUAUCAAUAGUUGAGAUGUUUAUAUAGAACACUAUGCUUGUAGCUUUAUUGUGUGACAGCUGAAAGACUCGUGACGUAGUAGUUUGUAGUUCAGAUGUCCAAUGCAUUAUUUAUUGAUUUCUGUUUCGGUCUGAUGAACAAUUUGUCAACCUACAGCAACGCGCGUGUUCACUGCUUCGUAUGCGUGUCUUCUUGUGCCUGUGCGCUUCGAGUGUGCUUGUGAGUGGACUGAAAUGUGAACUAUCAACGGAUUCAAUAGCGUGUUCAUGCAUUGUCAACCCCUGAAGGCGCCUGUUCACUUGGGUCAUGGCUUGAUGUGUUGUGCCAGUGUUAUCCACAAGAGGGAGCUAGAUUUUCAUUUAAGGAAUAACCCCGCACAGCCCAGAUUGACAAACUCUAUAUACAUGCUUAUGCUACAGGUUUCUAUUCAAAUAGUGGUGUCUGAUGACAUUGUAUAUUUUUGGACUAACUCAGGUUGAUGCAUGCUACUGUAUUAUAAAGAUGGACACUGCUGGCUAAAGGAAUUACACACCUGCACCUUAUUCUACAGAAUAUUAUUUUGGAAGUGUUUUCUUGUUCAUUAAAUCAUCUAAUUAUUCUUAUUUCAGAUACAUUUCCUGGCAUAUCAGCAUGAUUAUUGAUCUUUCACACUGUUACACUUACAGUGUUACAAGUUACAUAAAACCUCAAUUUCUGUUCAAAGGUUAAUUCCAUCAAUUUUACACAUAAAAGGUCAUGGGGGCCACUUCUGCAUGUAAAAAUAGAAGUAUAUAGCUUUUAGUGGGUCCAGAGGAAGCUGCAUGGAAUAAUAUGUUGCCUCCAGUGAUGUCACUCAGUGGCCAAGUUGCAUUUUGGGUAAUGUCGGUUAUGAAAAGCAGUCCACUGGUGUAGCAUUGCACUACUUAAACACCGCUGGACUCAUGGACAGUAUAAAAACAACAAUCAGAGAUAUCACCUUUUCUUAUACAACACAUUGUCCUUCCUGGCACUUAUAUCACCCACAAUGCAUUUUAGCCAUGGAGUGACAUCACUGGAGGCAGCUUACCAUUACAUGCAGCUUCCUCUGGAGCCACAUGAUGCUUUAUAUACUACUCAUUUCAAGCAUGCAGGAGUACCCCCCAACACCUGUAAACACACUUUAAUGUGAAAAAACUGAUGGCGUUACCCUUUAAUGGCAUCUGAUACUUCAUUGUGAAAUUGAACUGUGAGUGUGGCAGUUUGAUUAGGGAUGUUAACAAGUAAAGUAUUGUAGCAUAGACAUUAUAUAUGUGCUUUUUUGUAGCAUAAUGACAUAAAGUGUUUUUCUCUACAUGUGUAUCACCUAAUGUAUGGAAACCCUGAGAGACAAGUUUGGUGAAAAAAAGGAACACUUUUCUAAGGUUGUUAUUUUUUUAGAUCUGUGGAAAAAAAUUGGAUGUGUUUUUUUCUCACUUGUCUCUCAGCACUUCUUACAAACAGAAACGUCCACCUUAGGUCUGUCACUAACAGAUGAUUAGUCUUAAUGAAGAGGCUUUUAUUUUUGUAAGACGUGUUGUUAACUGCCAGAUGGAAGAGCUGAUGUUAAAUUUUCCCAUGUCAGUAGUUUUUUAUUCUCCCUUUUAUUGUAAGACUCUGUGGAGUGGGUUCAUCUCACAUGUUCUGAGCAGCAACUUGAUUUUGAUACUAAAUACAUGAUUAAAGACUUAAGAUGGAUGUUUCGGGGUUUUUUUUUUUACCACUUAAGUUGUUAAGAAAGUGCUUACUUUAUGUCAUCAUUGCCAUUAACAUUAACCUGAUCAUUGGCAUGUCCUGCUCGUAUAGUAUAAGAUGCUGGUGCUACGUCCUCUGGAGGUUUGUUGAUUGUGUUUAAAAAGCCAAAAAUUAAAGUCAGAAUGUGUUACAAAGGGAGUUUAGCUAUUUUCAGUCAGUUAUAUAUAUAUAUUGAAAAAAAUUAAACAAUUAAAGUACUUAUUCUUCUACUUUUGCACUAAUACUGUGAACUAACAAACCAUUUAGUCAUGCGAUGCAAACAAACUCUGUGAGCUAAGCUUCAAUUUGUGCAAACAGUCCAUGGAAACAUUCAAUAAAAAAUGAUGAUCGUGA